ACUCCCAUCCGCCGCCUUCUCGCAUCGAAUCGAAAUUAGUCUCCACCGCAACCACCCUGUCUGCCUGCGGGAGGCCGUCCCUUCUGCUGCUUCCCUUCCCUUCCCCACUCCCCUUAAAUUCCUCCCACUGCCCACCUUGGCCUUGCUUCCGAGAAACGAGAAAUAGACCUUCCCGUCCAACGCUCAAGCCUUCCCAUUAUUAUCCUUCCCCUGUUGCUCGGCCAAGACUUCGGACGGACGGACGGACGACCUCUUUAUAUCGCUGUUCGUGCAAUCACCGAAAGGCAAGGAGAAAACCAGACGCUGCCUCGUUCCUUAUACCUCGUCCUGGACCGGAGACCUCCUACCACUCGACCCUUAUUGAUGAUCAUCAUGGGGCAUAUACCACUGUAACCAAGACUCUUUUGUCGAGAACGACCCAUUCAGGCUCCUGCUGCCUCGAAAAGUUACAUUUUUUUCUUUUUUUUUCUUACCUCCUCACCCUUGUUUUCCGCUACGCUCCCGCGAGAAUCGAGAAGAACCCACCACCCACCGGUAUAACAUUGCGCGGUUCGACAUAUAUCCACCGCCGAGUGAGCCAUCUGUAUAAAUUUUUCGAUUUCACCGGCGCGCCAAGUUGACCUCUGUACCUUUUUGUUUAAAUAGCACGGUUUUUUUCCUUAUCACGAACUGCAUAUAUUUGGCGGCAUACAUCUUUGGGGCGUUUCAAGCAUCAUUUCCAGCAUCAUCAUUACUCAUACUAUUAUCGCUACCAUCUCACGGUAUUGGGGUCGACAAUUCGAGCAUCCCUAUUAGUCCCUCGGCGCUCAGCCUGGUGCUUUCUUUAGGUUUUCUACCAGCUACGCUUCCGGAAGCCAUCAGGGAGGCGGUGCCUGUCGAUUCGCACAAACUCACGUAAUCAUACCAAGUUUUUUUUUUCUUUUCUUCUUUUCUUUUUCCUUUCUUUGGCUUUCCCAGUAUAUAUAAAAGGUCGCAUUUCCGCCAUGCCAGAACGUGGGCACAACUCGUUUACAUCACAACUCUUCCUGCAAAUGCAGAACCUCCCUACCUCAAAUGCGACGAACCUUCCAUCAUCAUGUGAUGAGGAACUCGCAGACGAGGCAGACGAACCUCCCGACGAUUUCUACCGCAAAUACCAAUCCUCCGCCUCCGAUGGCGAAUUCGCGAAGCACGCCGUCCACCAUCACCAACUCAGCACCAUUUCACUUCUCACGCGUGCUCUACUCAUCAAUCCUGGCCUAGAACCAGCCGAACACAUCCGCAGCCACAGCCUCAGGAGAGGCAUGUCUACUGAUUCCACCUGGAGCAACCCUUCGACAAUGGACCUUACGAGUGACGGCGGUAUGACCAGUCCUUCUCGUGCCAAUACACCCAGUCCGCCGCCUCCAGCGUUUCUCGGAGGACUUUCUGGCUUGCUACACAGCGAGGACCUAUUGAGCAAGGUGCCGAAAAAGGUGGAGGUCGUAGGUGAGAGUGAUAUCGUUGAGGGUUUGGGGCGGAAAAGGUGUAUUACAUUUGCUUGCCAGAACAAACCUGCCACAUCGCGAAGGCCGGUCAGUCCGGUGAAGCCAUGGACCCCGCCAGAGUCAGAGACCACCGUCGAUACUACCCCUGUGAAGAGGAGUUGUGCGCUUAAGUUUGUUUGCACACAACGUGGUGUUACGUCAGACUCUCACUCAUCACCUCAACGACCUGCCUCCGGGCCCGAUAAGCUCCCUAGCAUGGGAGGCUGUCGCGACUCGCAGGCCACCGCCAUCAGUGCUGCUACCGAAACCACCCCCAAGGGCAAUUCCACUGCUCCUGCAUCGAUGGCAACCCAAACUUCGGUAUUCCCUGAUAAAUUUUACGAGUUUGCAAGCUCCGUCGACGAUCAAUCAGACUCUUGGACGCACCAGUCCUUCGAUAAAAGUCGUGUUUUGAGGGUAGACGACUUGCUGAAGAAGGAGCUCGAUAUCCGAAAGCUCAGUCAGGAAGCUGAGGAGGAGGCUUUGCAGGAAGAGGAAGAGGAGCAGGAUUUGGAGGAGACGGAUGGUGAUGAGGACGAAGAGGAAGAUGAAGGUGUUGAAGGAGAUGACGGAGACGAUGAUGAAGAUGAGGAUCAGGACUACGACUAUGAGGAGGAGGAGGAGGAGGAGGAGGACGAUGCACUGAGUGGGAAUGAGAGUGACAAUGAAGCUGGGUUUGCUUCGGAUUCUGAUGAUGACGAUGAUCUAUUCUUCACCUACGGCCCAAUGCUUCCGAUCGCUGGAGCGAUUAGUCGACCCAUAUGUUGUCGAACCGAGUCCACAUCUUCGAUCGAGUCACUGAGGAGACUCCAAACUCGUCCCGCCCGCCGUCCUCGCACUCCUGAUCUACCGGACAGCACUGACUUUGUCUGCGGCACUCUUGAUGAGGACAAGCCUUUGGAGGAAGCUUACGUCUCUUGCAUAGAGGAGAGGAAGCGUUCAAAGCACAUCAUCACCCCUCAGGAUAUUGACCCGAGUUUCCCUUCGGAUCCCGAAAACUCGGAUUAUGAGGGAAACAGAGGUGUCAGCGGGAGCGAGGAUGGAUUUCACAUUGUCAAGUCUAAUUGGAGCGGGAGUUCAUUUGAGGGAGCCCGUACCAGGGGCCGCCGCAGAAAUGAUACAAUCACGCAAAAGGCCCUAGGCGCAUCUCCAAAGGGCAGGGCAAGAGCCCACUCUCCUGCACCCGUCCGUCGGAUUAAUACAUCCCCUCGACCGGUUGCUCGUCGUACCGUGUCACCUCCGCCCUUCAACCGGCCUAAGCACCAGAGUCAAAUGUUCCAAUCGCGACCAAACAUUUUCCGCACCAAAUCACUACCACGCGCACCCAGCUUUUUCGGCCGCAAAACUGGUCGUUUUCACUCUGCUGCCACCUCUCCCAAGGCCUCUGCUAUCAGCCCUGUUGUCCGCCGGGGGGCGAUUGACAUUGUCAAGGGCUUGGAAAAGAGGCGUGAGAGAAGAAAAGCUCGUUUGUGUAAGGCCAAAGAAGGGGUUGAUUGUCGUGCUGGUCAGGGGGUUGAGAAGAUGAGAGAAUUGGGAUUGGAAAUUUGUGGGAAAGGGAAAGGGAGGACCAAGGCGCAAUGGGUACUUUCUGCUUGAAUUGGGUGGGCGUAUCGUUUCUCGGAAGGUGGUCAAAAGGAUACCGACCUUUUUUUAUAUUUUUAUAUCACUAUUACUAUUGGGAUCUGUAUACCACUGCCGUGGUAUUUUCCUUUCCGUUCCUUCUGGCGGAGCUACUCGCCCGGUCCAUAAGGGAAUCAUUUUCUUUUCUUGUAUAUAUGUUAUAGGUUAUGAUUAGACACGGUGGAUACCAUCUUUUUACAACACAUUUUUCUCUGCAGGGACGGUUUUUAUCUUCUUGUUAUUGUUUGAUUUCACACUUGGUGCUCGUAACGGGUUACUUUUUUUUUUUUUUUUCAAAUUUAGCGGGUGGUAGCAUGAAUAUUUUUCCUUAGUUUUUCACUUUGGGUAGUUGUUUCAUUACAUUGUUGGAACUCGUGCAUGGUCUUCAAUGGUUAUCGCAGGAAGGAUGGCCUCUUACUCUUUUAUCGGUUGCCACCCCCGUCACAUUGUUGAUAACGAUUCACCGACAUCUUUUUCAUUAACGAAGGAAUACAGCGGACGGGGGACGGAACGGAGCUGAUUUAUUUCUUUCUCUCUUGUUUCGAGAUUUUAUUCACCUUUAUUUACCAGGAGUCAUGGGAAUGGGCGGUUUUUACUUUUUUUUACUUUUUUUUUUUUUUCCUGUUCUCACUCUUUCCUCGCUUCGCAGCUCACCUGUUGCAAAAGGACAGAGUUGCUGAUACGAUACGAUACGAUGCGGUAUACGGAUAGUCAAGUCGGGUCAGUCUUAGUCUAGCUUUAUCAAUCAAUUAAAAUGAUGGGAUCACCAGUGACAUUUUGUUCUGGGCCGAACAAUAUUUUCCCUUAGGGGAGAGAAAUUGGGCGAGUUUACAAUUCGCAAUCCGGCGUGUCAUCCGUUUCCUCUACCGUGCAAGUGCUCGCACAGCCGAUUCAAAGAGCGUCCGACUUCUGCUCGGCCGCGCUAUUACUGCAGUGGGAGAGGCAGAUACGGCAGUGAAUAGAAUGGAUAUUGCCCCGCCCAUGCCAUGAUCGCUAUUGGAAUUUGUUCCUUCAACUUUUCCGGGGAUGUGUCGAGGCGGGUCUCCAAUACCGGUACCGAUCGGUACCGGGAAGGUCCCGCCCGCCGGCAUAGAAAAUACUGGGUUUUUGUAUGAUAUAAGUACGAUAUUCACAUUUCGACGCACCCCAUGCUCGUUGCAGCCUCCUUGGCCCUCCCUCUCCCUUCCAUUUCCUCCUCCCUCUGACCCGGCAAGUUGCUGCAAGUUAAUGCUUCUCCCCUCCCCCAACGCUUAAGACAGGUUACCGUGUCACCAAGACUGCCGCCGCGCCGUAAACUUAAUCCAACCUGCAACACACAACAUCCCUUCCACACUAUCCACCCACCCACUCGCCUCUUGUCUACCUCACCACUCCUUCUUCUCUCUCUUCUGCCAAAUCUGCUCCUCCUGCUCCACUUCGAUAAAAACAUUCUCUAAAAUAUGUGGGUGAUAAAUUGGUGUAGGUCCUUUCCCUCUCCUUUCUCCCCCCCCCCCCCCCCUUCCACCUUAUCUGUUGUGUUCAGGGGAGAGGCUUGUGGAUUAUCUGUCCUGUUCCCCGAUCUCCGAUGAUGACACUGACGACGACGACGACGGCGAUGAUAAAAUAUAGUCUGGGAUGUUCUCGCCAGUCUAGGACUCACGAACAAGCACGCGAAGCUCCUGUUCCUCGGCCUCGAUAAUGCUGGAAAGACUACGCUUCUACAUAUGCUCAAGGUGAGGAUUUUCCCGCCCUUUCCUCUCCUUCACUCAUUCACCCCUGAGAGGGUGUUGAUUGGUUGGUCUGUUAGUCUAAUGUUGGUUUAUGUGUGUAAAUAGAAUGAUCGUGUAGCUAUUCUGUCGCCUACUUUGCAUCCCAGUAAGCUCUUUCCCUCUUCCGGAGCAUCGAGGGAGGUUGUUACUGCUUGUUUUUUUCGGCCUCCUGACAGAUUAUUGUUGCAGCUUCGGAGGAGCUGGCGAUUGGUAACGUCAAGUUCACAACUUUUGAUCUUGGUGGACAUCAGCAAGGUGGGCCCCUCCCUUCUUUCUACCCUUCGCUCUCAUCUCUUUUUAUAUUGCCUGAAGAACAAGUUUUUUUUUCCUCCCUUCCCUUGUGGUCGUUCUUCGCUUCCAUCACUCCUCUCGGUGCCUGCAUAUGGUGCUCUGGCGUGUUCCUGUUCCCGGGGUUUCAUUUUUUGGUCAUCACCUUCUCGGUUGAAACUCCUUGACGGUGAAUCUCAUUGACGCUGUGGCACUCGUCUGUUGGGAACGUGGUUAUCGUCGGAUGUCGGAUGGGUUUGUCACUAUUAUCACCCAACGUCAUCCCUUGAAUAACCACGCCACCGCUCACCACUCGCGAUCCAACCCCCCAUCUCGAUCCUCCUCCUAUCAUUCCCUCCACUUUGCCCCAUACCUUUGCUCAUCACUAACCCUCAAAUGGUUGUGUGUGAAUAGCCCGCCGUCUUUGGAAGGAUUACUUCCCGGAGGUAUCUGGAAUCGUCUUCCUUGUCGAUGCUAAAGACCAUGAGCGUCUCGCCGAAUCCAAGGCCGAACUUGACGCUCUUCUCUCGAUGGAGGACCUGUCCAAGGUUCCGUUCCUCAUUCUCGGAAACAAGAUUGAUCAUUCCGAGGCCGUUUCUGAGGAUGAGUUGAGAAGCCAACUCGGACUGUAUCAGACCACUGGAAAGGGCAAGAUCCCGUUGGAUGGAAUUAGGCCUAUUGAGGUUUUCAUGUGCUCGGUUGUUAUGAGGCAAGGUAUGUCUGAGGCGCACUAUCUAGGUUCUUCGGAGGGUUUGCGUACUGACUGGAUUGGUAACAGGUUACGGAGAGGGAUUCAGAUGGAUGUCCCAGUAUGUUUAAUGCCGUCUCUAGGAGAGUAGAUUGGGAGAGGUGGGAAUUAAAGGCAAAAACCAAAACUCUUUUCUUUCCCGCAUUUUUUUUUCCGCAUUUUUGCUUCCCCCACGAAAUGGAGACAUAAUCAUCUGCAAUUACCUAUACCCAGCACGAGGCAAGUCAACACUAUACGACAAGCAAUGAAAUGAUUUAUCUCUUUUAUCCAUUCCUCCGCGCGGUUUGGGAUAUAUUCGUACGUGAAGGGAAGAACCUCGUGAUGAUCAUGUCUCUGUUUUAUGCUUUUUUCUCCCUACAAUGCCUCGGCCUUUUUCCAAUUCUCCUAUUGUUUUUAUUUUAUUUUAACGUUUUGGGCUUUUUCUUGCGUUUUUUUUACAAGUUGAUAUACGCUGUGUUUAAUAGCAUGCAUAUUCAUGCCACGAUUGAUCAAGC